ACAGGUUUCGGCUGUCACCAGCCUUGUAUGUGUAUGACUAUGAAAGACUUACGGAUGGAUGUGUGAGUGUGUUGGGGGGGGGGGGGAGGUGUCCUGGUGUUGUUCAACCUGUUAAUCGGGCUCAGGUGGCAGUCCAAAAAGGCAUUUAACUGUUGUCUCACACAAGUUAACAGCCUACAGUUCUGAAGAGACAACACUUGCUAGGUGGACGCAUCUCUGGAAACAUCACAGGAUAAAGUGGACAUUAAACUUGAUAUGACGAAGACGCAGAUGUAAUUAUACUCACUAACUAAACAAUCAUGAACGGUGAAAGUAUAAAAGGAAGUUACUAUGAAGGCCUUAUCCUUGAGGACUCUAAGGCAGGAGGAGUGGUCAUCAAAGGAGUCACUGACCAAAACAUUACAGCUAAGAGUGGUCUCAAAUCAGGAGAUGAGAUUGUUGCUGCCACUAUACACUUGGACCACCUCAAUAAGGAUGACGUAUUAAAAUUACUCAAGAUCAUUGAGCCUUAUGACGAGAACAUGAAAGUUCUGACAAAGCAGAACUUGAAAGCCAGUGUCAGCCUUGGUUCAUUGAAUGGUGAUCUUGAAGGUUUUGGGGGUAUGCUCACGGAUAGCAACAGCAGAGGUUUGAAGAGUCAAAUCAAUGUUCCUAGCUUGAAUGGAGAAUCACUAAGUGAAGCUGGGGGCCUGAAGGGAUCCCAGUUUACAAUGCCCACAGUCGGAAUGGCUGGACCUAAGAUUAAAGGAGCACCUCUGGAUGGCACUCUGAGAGGCCCGGAGGUCAGUGCCUCUCCUCCACAACUUAGUACUCCAGAAGCCCUACUUGACAUUAGGACACCUCAGGUAAAGACAGGUGGAACGAAAUACAAGGCUCCAAAGUUCAAGAUGCCCCACUUCAAUCUGCCUCAAAUGAAAGCGAAGCCACCAAAGGGAGACUUGAACUUAUCUACAGAUGUUGAAGUCCCUGCUGUUAGUGGAGAACUCCAAACACCUACAAUGGCCCUUUCAGCUCCUAGAAUGGAAAUCAAAGCCCCUGGAGUAGAUGUAAAUGGGCCAGAUGUGGAUCUGGAUACCUCCAUAGAGGCGCCCUCAGGUAAACUGAAGUUGCCAACUUUGGCAAAGCCCAAAUUUGGAUUAUCUGGGCCAAAAGUAAAGGCGCCACAGGUGAAUGUAGAUGGUGAUCUGUCUGCACCUGCCGUUAGUGUUUCAGCUCCUGAGCUAGAUUUACAAGGCACAGACAUUGAGGCUCCUUCGGGUAAAUUUGUUUGGCCUCAUCAAAAGUGGGGCAAACCUGGGUUAAAAGUUAAGGCACCUGAUCUUGAGACACCAGGCAUGGAUCUCUCCACCCCAAACAUUGAAGGUGAGAUUAUGGCACCAGAUAUUGACAUCCAAGGUCCCAAUGCUGACAUUGAAGCUCCCUCUGGGAAACUAAAAUUUCCAACACUGAAAAAGCCCAAGUUCAAGCUCCCAGGCCAUAAGAUUAAAGCCCCAGAUGUUGAUGUUAAUGCAGAUGUUAACCCUGACCUCAGUCUCCCUGACCUAAAACUUGGUCCAGAACUAGACUCUAAUGAUUUGGACUUCAGUUUGCCAAAUGCAAAUAUAAAAGGCCCCAAUGCAGAUCUGAACACUCCUGAUGUGGACAUUGAGGCUCCAUCUGGAAAGUUCAAGUUGUUCACACUAAAAAAGCCAAAAUACAGACUGUCUGGACCAGAUGCUGAUCUGUCUGGGCCUGAUUUGAGUUUGUCCACCCCAAAUAUUGAUGGAGAAAUCAGUGCACCAAAUGUUGAUUUGAACUUACCAAAAGCUAGCCUGAUAGGCCCUGAUGUAGACAUCAACUCUCCAGAUAUUGAUGUUAACCCCCCUUCUGGGAAAUUCAAAUGGCCCACCCUGAAGAUGCCCAAACUGGGUAAAGUGAAAGGACCAGGCAUUGAUCUUGAUGCUGAUGUGGAUGCACCUAAAAUGGAGGGAAACAUCACUGCUCCAGAUAUAAAUGUCAGUUUGCCUGAUGCUGAUAUCCAACCCCCAGGUGUUGAUAUUGAUGCUCCCUCUGGAAAAUUCAAGUUUCCAAAAAUGCAUCUACCAAAAUUUGGAACAAAAGCCAAAAGUCUAGACAUUGAUACCAAUAUUGAGACUCCAGAUAUAGAUGUUAAUGGACCUGAACUUGAAUUGAAAACACCAGACUUCUCUGCGCCAAAGAUUGAAGGUAAAGUCAAUACUGAAGACCUACAUGUCAGUGUACCAAAUGCUAAACUAAAUGCUCCUAACGUUGACCUUCAAAGCACAGAGGCUGAAGUUCCAUCAGGGAAAUUCAAAUUUCCUAAAAUGAAACUCCCAACGUUUGGCUCAUCAAGAGUGAAAGGAAUGGACAUUGAUGCUGAUGCUGACCUAAAGACCCCAGAUUUUAAUGUCUCUGUUCCUGAUGCCAAUGUACAACUGCCGUAUGCAGAUGUGAAAGGGACUAAUGUAGACAUAAAUCUUUCUGCUCCCAAAGUUGAAGGAGACUUGUCUGGAGCUGAUGUAGACAUUAGUUUGCCCAAAGCAGACCUCAAAGAACCUAAUGUAAAUAUUCAAGCCCCAGAUGUUGACCUUGAGGCACCCUCAGGCAAAUUCCACAUGCCAAAAAUCAAACUGCCAAAAUUCGGUCUUUCUGGACCAAAGGUGAAAGGUCCAGCUCUGGACGUCAGCACUGAUCUGAAGGGUCCAGAUGUUAAUGUGAAUUUACCAACAGCAGAUGUCAAAGGUCUUGAUGUUGAUCUUAAGGCCCCAGAUCUAAAUCUCUCAGCUCCAACAAUUGGUGGAAACAUUGCUGCUCCAGAUCUCAAAGUGAAUUUGCCAACAGCUGACCUCAAAACCCCUGAAGUUGCACUGAAGACUCCACAACUCAACCUUUCUGCCCCAGAAAUCCAAGGAGAUGUCUCUGGGCCUAAUGUAGAUUUUAGUUUGCCCAAAGCAGACCUCAAAGGACCUGAUGUAAAUAUUCAAGCCCCAGAUGUUGACCUUGAGGCACCCUCAGGCAAAUUCCACAUGCCAAAAAUCAAACUGCCAAAAUUCGGUCUUUCUGGACCAAAGGUGAAAGGUCCAGCUCUGGACGUCAGCACUGAUCUGAAGGGUCCAGAUGUUAAUGUGAAUUUACCAACAGCAGAUGUCAAAGGUCUUGAUGUUGAUCUUAAGGCCCCAGAUCUAAAUCUCUCAGCUCCAACAAUUGGUGGAAACAUUGCUGCUCCAGAUCUCAAAGUGAAUUUGCCAACAGCUGACCUCAAAGCCCCUGAUGUUGCACUGAAGACUCCACAACUCAACCUUUCUGCCCCAGAAAUCAAAGGAGAUGUCUCUGGGCCUAAUGUAGACAUUAGUUUGCCCAAAGCAGACCUCAAAGGACCCGAUGUAAAUCUUCAAGCCCCAGAUGUUGACCUUGAUGCACCCUCAGGCAAAUUCCAAUUGCCCAAAAUUAAACUGCCAAAAUUCGGUCUAUCUGGACCAAGGGUGAAAGGUCCAGCUCUGGACGUCAGCACUGAUCUGAAGGCUCCAGAUGUUAAUGUGAAUUUACCAACAGCAGACGUCAAAGGCCUUGAUGUUGAUCUUAAGGCCCCAGACCUCAAUCUCUCAGCUCCAACAAUUGACGGAAACAUUGCUGCUCCAGAUCUCAAAGUGAAUUUGCCAACAGCUGACCUCAAAGCCCCUGAUGUUGCACUGAAGACUCCACAACUCAACCUUUCUGCCCCAGAAAUCAAAGGAGAUGUCUCUGGGCCUAAUGUAGACAUUAGUUUGCCCAAAGCAGACCUCAAAGUACCCGAUGUAAAUCUUCAAGCCCCAGAUGUUGACCUUGAUGCACCCUCGGGCAAAUUCCAAUUGCCCAAAAUUAAACUGCCAAAAUUCGGUCUAUCUGGACCAAGGGUGAAAGGUCCAGCUCUGGACGUCAGCACUGAUCUGAAGGCUCCAGAUGUUAAUGUGAAUUUACCAACAGCAGACGUCAAAGGCCUUGAUGUUGAUCUUAAGGCCCCAGACCUCAAUCUCUCAGCUCCAACAAUUGACGGAAACAUUGCUGCUCCAGAUCUCAAAGUGAAUUUGCCAACAGCUGACCUCAAAGCCCCUGAUGUUGCACUUAAGACUCCACAACUCAAUCUUUCUGCCCCAGAAAUCAAAGGAGAUGUCUCUGGGCCUAAUGUAGACAUUAGUUUGCCCAAAGCAGACCUCAAAGUACCUGAUGUAAAUCUUCAAGCUCCAGAUGUUGACCUUGAUGCACCCUCGGGCAAAUUCCAAUUGCCCAAAAUUAAACUGCCAAAAUUCGGUCUAUCUGGACCAAGGGUGAAAGGUCCAGCUCUGGACGUCAGCACUGAUCUGAAGGCUCCAGAUGUUAAUGUGAAUUUACCAACAGCAGACGUCAAAGGCCUUGAUGUUGAUCUUAAGGCCCCAGACCUCAAUCUCUCAGCUCCAACAAUUGACGGAAACAUUGCUGCUCCAGAUCUCAAAGUGAAUUUGCCAACAGCUGACCUCAAAGCCCCUGAUGUUGCACUUAAGACUCCACAACUCAAUCUUUCUGCCCCAGAAAUCAAAGGAGAUGUCUCUGGGCCUAAUGUAGACAUUAGUUUGCCCAAAGCAGACCUCAAAGUACCUGAUGUAAAUCUUCAAGCUCCAGAUGUUGACCUUGAUGCACCCUCGGGCAAAUUCCAAUUGCCCAAAAUUAAACUGCCAAAAUUCGGUCUAUCUGGACCAAGGGUGAAAGGUCCAGCUCUGGACGUCAGCACUGAUCUGAUGGCUCCAGAUGUUAAUGUGAAUUUACCAACAGCAGAUGUCAAAGGUCUUGAUGUUGAUCUUAAGGCCCCAGACUUCAAUCUCUCAGCUCCAACAAUUGACGGAAACAUUGCUGCUCCAGAUCUCAAAGUGAAUUUGCCAACAGCUGACCUCAAAGCCCCUGAUGUUGCACUGAAGACUCCACAACUCAACCUUUCCGCCCCAGAAAUCAAAGGAGAUGUCUCUGGGCCUAAUGUAGAUUUUAGUUUGCCCAAAGCAGACCUCAAAGUACCUGAUCUUCAAGCGCCAGACCUCAAUCUCUCAGCUCCAACAAUUGACGGAAACAUUGCUGCUCCAGAUCUCAAAGUGAAAAUGCCUACAGCAGAAGUAAAGGGAGAGAAUAAUAUAUCUCCAAGUGGUGAAGCCAGUCUUCAAAAUUCAUAUUCACCAGAUCCCCCAAAAAGUACAUCCAAAUGGUUAACUAGGUGGAGUUUAGACGAAAAAGAGGAGGCUUCUGCCUCAGAAACUGAAGGAAGUAUGAGUGAGGAUGAAACUGAAAACGAUUUGUCUAACAUUGAGGUGGAAGUUCCCAAGUUUAAAUUCCACAGACUACCAACACACAGCACUGAAAACCUUACCGAAUCUAUCGGAGUCUUAAAUUUGGACACAAUAAGUCCAAAAAUUAAAGGUUACUUUAGACCAGAUGCUGGCGUCACUUUGCCAAAAGUGUGUGUAUCGACAAAUCAGGGAAAGAAGGGCACUUCACCCUCUGGUCCUAUUGACAUAAUGGAGCGACUUCGAUUGUCUAAGGCAAAAACUGCUACAGUUAAUGUUUCACAGCCUGAAGUGAAAAGUGAUCUUCAUCUGGCAGGGGACGUCACCGCUCCUAGCCUUGCUGUUGGCUCCACUACAGACACAGUCAAAAUCGCAAAAUCUGAGUUUGGAAUCAAUGUGAAUUCUCCUGAAAACUCAUCAGAGCGUAACGAUAUUAUGUCAAGAAGCCUGUCAAACAUGCUUGGCCUAAACAUUAAUUAAAGAUCCAGACACUGAAUUAUUUUAGUUCCAAGCUUUGUGAGUCUCCAAAACUGUCCAAAUGGAACUUGUUUGUAAAUGGCUAACGAUUCUAAGCCACCAUGACAAAAGUCAUUUUUGUGACCUAGAAUGCAUAACCUUUUUGAAAGUGUCUAUUCGUGAGUAGUUACAACAUGGUAGAUAUUUGUGACAGCUACAAACGGUAAAAUAAAACACAAUAUUAAGUUGCUGAUUAAUGUUACAUGUGGACUGUAAACAUGUGCUAUUACAGCUUAGUACAACACUUUUUACACUGUCAAAUAUUUUGUGUAUGACAUGGAUCACCACCUAAUGGAGCUUGUUUAUUACUAUGUAAAAUUAGAAAGUAGUAUUUUAAUAUUUGUAAAUACAUUUACCAAACACACUAAUGUUGUAGUUCUGCAGUGUCUUGAGUUAGAUAAGUUCAAAGCUUUAUGAUGGAAUAAAUUACUUCAUUCCUGAUCUUGUGUGUGAAAACACUAUUUAAAUGCUACAUUUAUUGAAAUACCUGUCUACCUGUAUGUGUAUUAUUUUUGAAGAAAUAUAUCUGCAUUGAAUGUGAUUCAGUUCAGUGUUUACCUUUGAAGGCAAUCUGAGUUAAAUAUAUAAUUUUGUAUAUUAAGUGAUGGCAAAUGUAUUAUUGUAUACAGGAUGAUGUAAUUUAGCCAAUCAUUUGUUCUGUUAAUAAAGUACUCUGUCGAUUC